AUGGCUCUCAGCCCAUUUGGGGAACCUCCACCCGGGACGGAUCUAUCCGCCGAUCAUGGCUUACGGAACAAUGCCGCUGUCAUCACAACCUUUAUUCUUGCAGCGAUAGCUGUUGGUCUUCGGUUCUAUACGAGAUUUCGAGUACAAAUUGUGCAAGUAGCUGCAGAUGAUUGGAUGAUUGUGGCUGCUUUUCUGUCUGUAACUGCGAGUCUUGUUUUGACUGUGGUUGGUGGAUAUCAUGGUCUCGGGAAACAUGUAUGGAUUGUUCCCAUCCCCGAAGUCGUGGAAAUGAUGCGCAUUCUCUUCGCCUACGUCCUGGUCUACGUGGUCACCGUUCCACUUAUAAAGUUAUCGAUUCUCCUCUUCUAUCGACGUAUCUUCGGCAUGACAUAUUCAAUGUGGUUCUGUGUGUUUUUGACGACCGGAUAUUUCGUCUCCUGCAUGGUCGCCUUCCUGGUUUGCUGCAGACCAGUGUCAUACUACUGGACGCAGUAUGCAGACCCUAGUGGAGGAGUAUGUAUCUUUAACCUCUACCCGUUCUACAUCGGUAACGCUGCGGCAAAUGUGGUUACGGAUGGUAUCAUUCUGUUGGUCCCAAUCCCCCUUGUGUGGAAGCUUCAAAUGCGAAAGACACAGAAAGUUAUGCUAUCCGGUAUCUUUUUGCUUGGAGGAUUUGUCUGUAUUGCAAGCAUCGUCCGGAUCUAUUAUAUGACCUUCCUCAAAAACUCGGCCGAUGUCACCUGGAUCAUGGGCGACGUCUUCAUCUGGUCCAGCGUUGAGCCGUCCAUCGGCAUCGUAUGCGCCUGUCUUCCAACAUUACAUCCGCUACUUCGGUCUUUCCUCGCUCGUGUGUUUGGCAUUAGUACGGGAAGAUAUGCUAAGACUUCAAGCAACCAGGAGUCAGCGAAGAAAAAGAUCUUUGUUCGCAAACCAACGCCGCUUGACUGGGACGAGUCCUUAUUGAGUACACGCGACGUACAAGUCGAGAUGAGCGGACUGAAGAGAGAGCAUGGCGAUGGAAAUAUUACGGUGGAUACAGAUUUUCGAUUAGUUGAAGAGAGCAAUCAAUUGAAAUGA